UUCUUAAUGGCGGCCCCCAUGGAAAUGUGAAAUUUUUUUUUCGACCUUUUGAAAAGUUCAAAAUGGCAGUUUUAAAGCUUGCCCAGACUCAAAUACUUAAGCUGAUGACUAUAAAACCAACAGCAAGUAUUCUACCUUGUUUGAAUUCAGUUCGUUAUAGAAAACCAAGAUGGGUACCGAAAGCGGCUAGCAAAGAGUUUUAUGUUAGAGAACCAACGCCCAUAGACCCUGUUGAAUAUGAAGAAUUGAAAUGGAGAUACCAAGAAUAUAGAAACACUGUUGAAGCAAUAAGAAUGCACUUGGCAGCUGAGAUUGACAAGAAAGAAGCUGUAGAAAUGUCUAAACAAAUAGAUACAGAAGCAGGAUGGGAAAGGAUGGUUAAAUUGACAGAAGAGUGGAACAAAGAGACAGCUGUUAAAAGAGAAAAACGUCAGGCUGAAGAAGAUUUGAUAGAGUUGGAAAAACAACAACAAAUAGAAAAGGAAAAAGAAGAAGAAAUGAUGAGAAUGCUGACAGAGGCAGAACAGAGGCUAGAAUUUGAAAAGAAACAGACAUUUAUAACAAUGGAGAAUCUCGAUGAAGAAAUAGAAAAAAUAUUAGAUGUACGAAUGGACUAUGAAUAUUCUAUAGAUCGCAGUGGCAAUGUUCUAAAAGGAAAUCAAACUGUCAAAGUUAAACCACAAAAAUAUGUUAAAUAAUAAUGUAUAUUCAUUAUAAAUGUAAAAUAAAGUUUGUACAUAU